GGCGAUUUUAAUGUAUACCUUUGCUGGGUGUGGGACACUCUCCCCGCGUGUUACAAGACAGCUUGAGUGGGAAGGUGUGUACUCGACAGUAGUACUCACUAGUGAAACAAUAUGGCAGCCUCUGUCAUUGGGGAAUCACACCACAUAGGGGGCGCUCCAUUAGCAAUGCUGGCAGCUCAGUGUAGUAAACUAACAGACAGAUGUCCCUCUCCCCUCGCAGAAUCUUAUAUCGCCAAAGGUUUCCAUCCCUGGAAACGACAACUCACAGCCGUCACCGCACCGGAAGCUGUCGCUCUCUCGUCCCAACGCCUGUCCGGGCUCAACGGGACGGUUUCCUUUCCGUCCGCUGGUUUGUCAUACGGGCGUACUGGCGGGAUGGUAUCUUAUCCUAAUACGUCCUCAGCAGAUUGGCUCCAUCCCUCACAAUACAACAACGACACGCCCUCCCCAACAUACCCGUCAAAGGUACAUCAUUCGGAUUGUAUGAGCGCCUCCGUGUUGGGGAAUGUAUACUCUCGUUUACCUCACGUUAAUAGUCACGCGGCUUACGAGUCUUGGUCGCUGAAUAUGAACAUUACACAUACAAGUCUUAAGGGCGAAACACCUCAAAGUUCUAAUCCAGCCUCGUCUUGGUGGGAUGUGCACACGACACCAAGCAACUGGUACUCGGAGUAUUCCGGAGCCUCAUCUUCGCUGCCACCACAAAUUCCGUCCGGAUAUACUUCACCGGAAUAUCCACUCUCACACGGACUGCCAUCGCCAUCAGGCUCAUACAUAGGGGGGAAUCAGCAACUCUUGCAGGACACUUAUAAAUCUAUGUUAUCCAGUCAAACAGACAUUAGUGCCUCGUCUGGAAACCCAUUUCUUUCUCGUCCAGUUCUAUCGAAUGUGCCUCAAACGAAAGCCCAAAGACGCUUAAGCGGUAGGGCAACAUGUGAUUGCCCUAACUGCCAAGAGGCUGAGAGACUCGGGCCAGCUGGUGCACAUUUAAGGAAGAAAAACAUUCAUACGUGUCAUAUACCCGGGUGUGGAAAAGUGUACGGGAAAACGUCACAUUUGAAAGCACAUCUGCGUUGGCAUACAGGAGAAAGGCCUUUUGUUUGUAACUGGUUAUUCUGUGGAAAACGAUUCACACGAUCUGACGAACUUCAGCGUCAUUUGCGUACGCAUACAGGAGAGAAAAGAUUUGCCUGUCCUAUCUGCAAUAAACGGUUCAUGCGUAGUGAUCAUUUGAGCAAACACACUAAAACACAUAGCUGUACGGACGCUAAAAAAGACGGAAACGAUUCCGGAAGUGACAAAGUGAAUUCUCCUGUCGAAUCUAAAUCUCGUGGUUGUUCUGAAGGAUGAAAACAAGAACAUGAUUAGUUACUCCCCUUUGUUUGAUAUUGUAUACAUGACACCAUUGAAACGUUCUAGGAACAAUGGUAUCAGUGAUUGUUUAUGAUUGUGGAUUAUAUUUGUAUAUGAGAAUGUAAGGCAAUGAGAGGAUAUUUAAAUGUAGAAAUUUUGGUGCACCCGUGUUGGCAUGAAGAGUAAUGUAUUUUAAAAGAAUAUUAUUCUAAUAAAUAAAAAAAAUACAACUUUA